AGCAUCAGCCGUCGUUGUGCAGUGCAGUUAGUGCAGUGCAUAAGCCCGCCUCACGAUUCCGGGCUGCAGAGUCACGCUUGCCUUUGCGAAAGCCAUUGCAUCGCCAAUUGUGAUUUUUGGAUAACGCCAUAACCAUGCAGUCUAUCCGCGGGCUAAACGCAAGGAACGUGCGCGCCGGGAGUCGCAGCCGGCCGAGCAACCUCUCAGUGUGUGCUGCUCAAAAUGGGAAGGUGAAUGUGCUGGUGGUGGGCUCGGGCGGCCGCGAGCACUCGCUUGCGUGGAAGCUGUCGCAGUCGCCGCUUUGCAACCACCUGUUUUGCGCGCCCGGCAACCCCGGCACCGAGACGGAGCCUAAGGUCACCAACGUCGCCGUCAACGUGACCAAGCAUAAAGACGUGGUCCAGUUUUGCAAGGAGAAGGACGUGGGGCUGGUGGUGGUGGGGCCCGAGGUGCCGCUGGUGGCGGGCCUGGCAGACGACUUGCAGGCGGCGGGUGUGCCCACCUGGGGCCCCAGCGCCCGCGCCGCCGCGCUGGAGGGCAGCAAGGCCUUCAUGAAGGACGUGUGCCGCAAGUACGACAUCCCCACCGCCGCCUACGAGAAGUUCACGGACCCCGCCCGCGCCAAGGCCUUCAUCAAACAGCUGGGGGCGCCCAUCGUGGUCAAGGCCAGCGGACUGGCGGCGGGCAAGGGUGUGGUUGUGGCUCGCACGGUGGAGGAGGCCUACCAGGCGGUGGACGACAUGCUGGUCAGGAAGGUGUUUGGAGGAGCGGGCGACGAGCUGGUGAUUGAGGAGUUCCUGGACGGCGAGGAGGUUUCCUUCUUCGCGCUGGUGGACGGCGAGGCCGCAGUGCCGCUGGUGUCGGCCCAGGACCAUAAGGCGGUGGGCGACGGCGACACCGGCCCCAACACGGGCGGCAUGGGCGCCUACUCGCCCGCACCCGCCAUGAACGACACCAUCCACAAGCAGGUGAUGGAUGAGAUCAUCUACCGCACGGCUCGCGGCAUGGCGGCGGAGGGCGCGCCCUUCCGCGGCACCCUGUUCGCCGGACUCAUGAUCAAGGAUGGCAAGGCCAAGCUGCUGGAGCACAACGUGCGCUUCGGCGACCCCGAGUGCCAGGGCCUCAUGGCGCUCUGCGCCUCCGACCUCACGGACGCCAUGCUGGCCGCCACCCGCGGCCGCCUGGGCGACGUGCGUCUGGACUGGCGGCCCGAGGCGGCGCUGACGGUGGUGCUGGCGGCGCGCGGCUACCCGGGCGAGUACCCCAAGGGCUCCGUCAUCCGCGGCCUGGAGGGCGUCACGGGGGCCAAGGUGUUCCACGCCGGCACCGCGCGCAACGCCGCCGGCGAGGUGGUGUCGGCGGGCGGCCGCGUGCUCAACGUGACGGCGCUGGGGGCGGACGUGGCGGAGGCGCAGGCCAAGGCCUACGCGGCCGUGAAACAGAUCCAGUGGGCGGACGCCUACUACCGCUCCGACAUCGGCUGGCGCGCCGUGGAGCGGCUGCGGGCCGGGAAGCACUGAGCGGCGGCGUGGUGUUGGUUGGGGGAGGGGGAGGAGCAGCGCGGGGUGUGUGCGGCUGUGUGGGUGCAUGGGUGCGGCUGUGUGCGUGCGGAUGCGGGGCUGCGAGCGACGGGGGUUGGGAUGUGGGAUAAGGCAAGCUAUCCAUAUAGGGCCUCAUAAAAUGGGGCUUCAGCAACAUCAAGCAGGGCUGUACAUGGAAACAGAGUGUGCUGCCGUUUGCCUGGCGUAGGCGGGUGUAGAGGGCUGCGUCGCUGAUCCUGGCUUCCGGUUUGGGGCGGGCAGGCCUCACUGCCUCAGUACGGUAGUCAGCGGUACGGCUGCCAGUCAACAUGGGCUGCCGGGGGUGCAGUGGCGAGGCCCUAGCGGCAGGCGAGGCUGGUGGGUGGGUGAGUAUGAGCUAUGCAUUGAGGCUCGCCCGGGUUGUGAGCACGAGGGGGAGAAAUGUGGACUGCGGCGUCGGGUCAUGAACAGCAUAGCUGGACACGGAAUACUGGCGCGAACGUGAUUGAUGUCAUGCUCUCCUGACGCAUUCAUAGGCGCCGCGGCUGCUUUCGUGCAAACAGUUUGAAGCACGUCACACAAUCGUACCCGGGGCGUACAGUGUAUCCAUGCUGUAGCUACUCAGUUGACACGCCUCACUCGGACAGCGUCCGGCAAUCAAAACCAGGGGGUAGGACCGCCGCAAGUUUACCCCAUGGAAUUGAUCGAGCUCAGCGCAAGCGUGAAUCUGCUUUCAAAAUGCCA